AAUUUAAAUAACAUGCUAGCAGUUUACAUUCUGGUCAGUGAAGUGACCCCUUUGAAAACCAGCAGUGCUAUGAAGCUGCGUUGUGUACGCACAUAUGAGAUAAGAGAUCGACGAACGAGUGAUGAGUAUUUCAUGAUCUUGAGAUGUUAUUGGCAAAUUAGUGGAGAUUUAUCUGCCCAGAACCGCUUGAAAUUCAAAAUUGGAGUCCAAAGAGCAAGAUCUCAUAUUCUCAGAGGCUUCUUAUUGUAGGAAUUUGUUUCAGAAGGAGAUGUGAAAAGCCCAGUUGGUUUAAAUAUUUACUACACAUGUAUAACUUAUGCUCUCCUUCUAAUUACGGAAUACAUUAAUACCAUUAUGCCAAGCAACGCUCGAGCGAAUAUCUAUGGCGAAAUA